ACCUUAGAGAUAACUGAUGUGAAAAUCAAUUGGGGAGAGUUUUUUUCCAAUUGGAGAAAAUAACUGGUUCAGAGCGUGACAUUGUUCUCAGGAGAUAAUGCUGUAUCUGAGAUGGAAGUCAUACUACAGGAUUCCUUGAAAAAUAUUGUGUAAAAAUGGAAAAGAGAGCAAAAACUACCGAGAAAGUAUUCAAAUGUACUCAUCAAAAAAGGAUUUAUAAUUGUAACACUUGUGAACAAGGCCUCUGUUCCCGAUGUAAGGAAAGGCAUGUGGUAGAUUUGGAUACGAAAAUGCAUGACGUCGAGGUUAAGAGUGAAAAAUGUGAGGAAAUUACAAAACAAGAAAUUUGCACAAGACAUCCAGACAAAGUUUAUGACAUGUGGUGCUCAUCAUGUGACCUUCCGGUUUGUUACAGUUGUUUAGAACACAGAAAACAUGAGGUGCUAGAUAUCAAAUCUGCCUACACAAAAUACAGAGAACUGUACAAAAGUAAAAUAGCCCACAUAAGAAGUGAGAUUCUUCCGAAUAAUAGAGCUACCCUAACCGCCAUGAAAGCCGAUUUCAAAACAGAGAUCGAAACUCUUCAAUUAGAUAUCACCAGAAUUGUACCAAAGAUAAUAAACAAGGUUCAGAGACUCAAACAUCAAAUAGAAAAUGUAUUUCUUGGGCAAGUUAGCCAAACUUCAUCUAAUGUAGGCCUUUACUUGCAAUCUAUGAAGAAAACGUUACAGAGACAAAUUUCCCUUCUUGAGAAAUAUGAAAAUAGAUGCUAUAAGUUAUCAAAGAAACCCGUGCAGUUCCUUCCAUUUUUCCAGAAAACCAAAAUAAAAAGAGAAAAAUCUAAUUUCUCUAGUGUAGUCCUUUUUCUGAAUGAGAAAAUUGACAAAGACGAAGUAACCAGAUUUUUUGGAGUGUUUCACAUCACAGGUGAAGGAAAACGAGAAGUAGGAAAGGAAUGGAUGCUGAAACCCAUACCAUCACCCGUGAUAAAGAAGUCAGUCGCUGUCACAGGUCUAGCUGCUGGUCGUCACAUCUCCUGUACGUCCUCAGACGAGAUCUGGGUCAGUGAUACUAACAAUCUCGCCAAGAUUAACUCAACCGGAGACAUUCUUCAUCAGGAGACUAACGUAAUAAACAGUGAUUACGGAGUGCAUACGGCGACAAAUGCAGGAGAACUGAUAUUUAUUGAUAAUAAAUUCAACAUCAACAAAAUGUCCUAUGAUACAAAAAUUACAAAAUUGAUGGGGAGUAAAGGAGUGGAUACAGCACUUUGUGUCUACUUUUCUACUUUUAUCGAAGAUCUGCUGGUCGGGAUGGGUAGAUAUAAUUCAAUAAAACGACGUUAUUCCAACUGCAAAGUAAUCCGCUACAAUAGUGCUUUGAAACGCAUCCAGACCGUAAAAAACGAAACCUCUGAUAAGGCACUGUAUAUGUGUCCUAUCUACAUCAAGGAAAACCAAAACAGAGAUAUUGUUGUGUCCGACACUAGGGGCUACAGAGGUGGUGCUGUUGUGGUCACAGACGGUCUGGGAAAUCAUCGUUUCACCUACAAAAGGCACCCUUCUGGACGAAUAUUGGAUCGUCGUGGCAUCUGUACUGAUGCUCUGUCACACAUCCUAGUGUGUGAUGUUAACACACAGAGAAUACAUGUACUAGACAAGGAUGGCCAGUUCCUCUCAGUUCUUCCGAGUAAAAAAUUUGGAAUAGCUAACCCAUAUAGUCUUACCUAUGAUAUUGAAAAUCAUCUCCUUUGGAUCGGAGCACGUUUCUCUGACAUUUUGUAUAUAUGCAGGCAUAUAAAAAGAAAGGAGUAUCUAGCAGGUAAUUCUGACUGAAGAGAUACAAACAUUAGACAGUACGAGAGUACAAGGAUGUACCAAUCUAGAUAUGGAUGCAGAAAAAAGAGACUUUAAAGUAUCAAUUACAUAUCUAAUAUCAGUUAUUUUGAAAGUACCGGGGUAUUUUAUAAUUUCCCCCAGUUUUAUUUGUGUUAUUUUGGUCUAUUUUUGUAGGAAGACUUCAUUUAUCAAUCCAUUUAUCGAUGUGGCUUUCCCGACAGAACAAGAAAUGCUCUACAGUUAAUUGUCAUAUAUGAAUCAAUAGAUUAAAUAAAAAGAAGUAUUGUGUUUAAUACGAAGUAUAUUACAA